GGUUGUGUGGUGUGUGGUAUGGACUCGGUCUUCUACUUAGAUGAAGAAGUCCGUACUCGUUUUCUACAAAACUUGGCACAAUCUCUUGGUUGCACUUAUCUUUGUUUGUGGUCUUAUUAUCCUCUUCCUGCAAACUAUCUAUUCUCAACAAAUGGAGUUCUCAACUAUAAUGCAAUAGUACAUCAGCCAGCUAGUUCUUCAUCAGCAUCAAUAGCAUCUCAAGCUAUAAUUCAAACCCUUUUCGACGCUUACCGUAGCACGCCCCACAUCAUACAAAACGGAUUGGUUCCGGGGCUUGCUUUCCUAGAAGGUAUACCAUAUUUAGAAUUCAAGGAAUUGGAGCUUCUUAAUCGAGCUUCAACCGACAUCCAGCGACAGUUUUAUCAGGAAGCGCGGAUUAAGUUGGCCGCAUUCGCAAGUUGCAAAAGUGGUGCAAUGGAAAUCGGAAUGUCCAGUUUAGACCAGUCGAAAAACAUUGAAAUGGAGAUGAUGAAUUGGUUUCCGGAUGACUUCAUCCUGCAACAGUCUAAACUUGUAAGAAAUCAGCAAGUACAACUUCCUCAACGAAUAGAUCAAAGUUGGCCUUCGUCAUCGUCUUCUUCAUUAAAAUCACUAGUGAGCAGUCCUGAGUACUCCCCUCUUCUGUUUAGUGCACCCACUGCUUUUCCCCCUCAAGAAUUCAUUAAAGAAGUAAUUACAUCUGAUCAUCAAACAAGUAAACCUAAUCUAGUGGCAGCUCAAUCCAUCGAUCAACAGAUAGAGCAUGCUUAUAACAUACUUGGGAAUGUUCAAUUUCCAAACCCAGAAAACGUUGAUGCAGCACUGACCAAAGCCAUGCUAGCCGUUUUGUCAUCAACGCCAGCAUCAUCUUCUUUACCUCAUCAACACCAACACCAACAAACUCAAGCUUGUAGUAAUCACUUAAGUCAAGAAGUGGGAGUUUUCAAAAGAUAUAAACCCGAAGACAAUCUACUAGCACUUGCCAAUAAUAAGUUGAAAACCAACUACGGAGGACAAAAUAUGCUUAAGCGAGCAAUUAUCUUUUACAAAAACAUGCAAAUGAGAAAAAGGAUAAUGGAGGAACAACUCGCACAAGGAUAUCGUCCAACCAGUUCACAAUUGCACCAUAAAAUGUCAGAACGUAAACGACGAGAGAAACUUAACGAUAGCUUUCUUGCGUUGAAAUCACUUUUACCACCAGGUUCCAAGAAAGAUAAGGUAUCAUUGCUGUCAAUUACAAGAGAUUACUUAGUUACUCUUAAAGAUGAAAUCAAAGAGCUGAAACGAAGAAAUCGUUUCCUUGAGACACAACUUGCACCAACAAAGCCUACACUCAUAACAAGCGGUAAUGAUCCAGAAAUGGGUGCAGCUAGCACUUCUUCGGAUAUUACGGUUGAAAUUCAGUUAACCGAAGCUUCUGAACCAUCAAUAUUAUCUGAAGAACGAGAAGUUGAUUUGCAAGUUAAUGUGAGAUCAAGAUAUUGUGAUUUUAUGAGUCUGAUUAGAUGUCUGCUUGAGUUCUUAAACCAAGUUGAUGGUGUAACCUUAGAGUUCAUGGAAGGAAAUACUACACCAGCACAAGUGCCAAAUUCUUCCUAUGGAGUGGUCAUUAGACUGAAAAUCAAGGCUAGCCAGCAGCAUAUAUUCGAAGAGUCAGCCUUCAAAGAAGCUAUUAGAAGAAUUAUUGGUGAUGCAGCAAAGUGAUUUGUGGAUCUUAGCUCUUUUCGUCACACUUGAAGAGCCACUCAGAGCAGAGAUAGGAAGAAUAUAGUAUUCCCAAUAGUGAUGAUAUUACGUACCACCAAUACAGUACCUACAUAUUUUAUAUCUUUGAUCACCACCACAUGUCCAUUUUGCAUCUUAAUUUGACUGCUCUUGAAUUGAUUCUUGGUCUUUCCUUGUUUGCUCUUGUUUUUAGUUGGAGGAAAUUAAUUAAAACCAUAACCUUAAGAAACCCAAGCAACCAACCAGUGAAAUCUCACGACAAGGCAGUACAAGAAGUUAAAUGGA